GUUCUGCGUUCCACGCGCGGCGCGAGGUCACGAAGGUUGAAGCCGCUGCCGAGUGAGUGAGCCCGAGUCGGACUGCCGUACCCUCUCUCUGGUUCAGUUUCCGGGGAAGGGGGAAGCACAUCUCUCGCGGCGGCGGGGCAAGGUGGAGCCAUGUAUCCAAGUUCAGGUCACACUAACGGCUACCACGACCAGCAGCAACAGCAGCCAGAGCAGCAGCGAUUUGUGACGACGGCUCAACGGCCACGAGUCAGAAGAGGGCCCCGCGGCGGCGGCGGCGGUGGAGUUAGGUCGCGUGAUUACGGCGAUGGGUUUAGGGUUUCUGGCGAGGAUAAUAGCCAGCCACCGUCGCAGCAGGCGGAGCAGCAGAAUCUCGCUCCAUGUACCGACUUCGAUAAGGCCUACUUCCAUUCUUACGCUCAUGUUGGCAUUCAUGAAGAGAUGAUCAAGGACAGAGUAAGAACAGAUACUUACCGAAGUGCAAUCUUGCAGCAUCAGCGCCAUAUUGAAGGCAAAGUUGUGAUGGAUGUUGGUUGUGGCACUGGAAUUCUAGCUAUAUUUUGUGCUCAGGCUGGUGCGAAGCGGGUAUAUGCUGUGGAUGCUAGUGAUAUUGCUGUGCAGGCUAAUGAAGUUGUGAGGGCAAACAAUUUAUCUGACAGAAUUAUUGUAUUGCAUGGGAGAGUUGAGGAUGUUGAAAUUGAUGAGGAGGUUGAUGUUAUAGUUUCAGAGUGGAUGGGCUACAUGCUUCUCUAUGAGAGCAUGCUCGGAAGUGUAAUUACUGCAAGAGAUCGGUGGCUAAAACCUGGUGGUCUGAUUCUUCCAUCACAUGCAACGUUAUAUAUGGCGCCUAUCACACAUCCUGAUCGAUACACAGAAAGCAUUGAUUUUUGGCGCAAUGUGUAUGGAAUUGACAUGUCUGCCAUGUUGCCAUUAGCUAAGCAGUGUGCAUUCGAAGAGCCAUCGGUGGAGACAAUAAAUGGUGAGAAUGUCUUGACAUGGCCUCAUGUGGUGAAAUAUGUGGACUGCUAUACACUUCAAAUUUACGAGCUAGAAUCUGUCACAACAAGGUUUCAGUUCAAGUCUAUGAUGAGAGCUCCGUUCCAUGGGUUUGCUUUUUGGUUCGAUGUCGAAUUUAAUGGGCCUGCCAACGUGAACGCAAAUGCACAAAUUUUGCUACCUGGAUCACCGAAUCCUCCGUCCUUGGAUGGCGUUGUGAAGAAGAAGAGAACGAACCCAAGUGACACGCUUAUACUGUCUACUGCUCCUGAGGAUCCUCCAACGCAUUGGCAACAGACUUUGAUAUACUUCUACGAGCCAAUGGAGGUGGAGCAAGAUCAAGUAAUAGAAGGGUCAUUGACGUUGUCGCAAAGCAAAGAAAACCGUCGGUUCAUGAAUAUUCACCUAGAGUACAGCUCUGGUGGUCGGUCUUUCGUGAAGGAGUCGGUUAUGAGAUGAAAGGAUCCAUGUAUAAGCAAGCGAGAGAGAGAAGUAUACUGCCGAGCUGUCCUCGCCCUGCAGCAGCUGCGCUUUUGGCUGAUUAGUUUCUUGGGAAGGAGGCAAUUGUAUACUAAAAGGCAUGGGAUAAAGGUAAACGCAGCCUUGCGUAGUUUGGCAGCCAGACGUAGGAAGUAGAAGUUUGUAGCAAAAAGACCCCAAAUCGUUCUCUCUUAUUUUUAUUCAUCCUUUUCUUGGCGAAGUCAUCCUGGAUUCUGUACUGGUAAUGAGUGAAUGUGGCGAGCAGGGUCUAGAGUGCACCAUAAUUCUUAUGAUUGUUGAUUUGUCAGAGUGACAAAAGGUAGGCGAAGGACAGAUGAGACAAUGAUGUCUGGAUGUAAAAUGACGAUGGUGGUGGUGGCUUGUAUCAUUAGUUCAUUGCAGUUAUUUAAUCCUCCAUAACUGGCUCUUCUCAGUUCUGAUUUACUAAUACAUGUACAUUCAGUCUCACCAGAGAUUGUGGCAACGAAAGAACUC